AUGGUCCGUACACUGUGUGCUGUUGGUGCCUUGUUUCUUCUGAUGGGAUUUCUGCUAACAACAGCAGAAGGGAGGAAAAGGAAUCGUGGCUCUCAAGGUGCUAUCCCUCCUCCUGACAAAGAUCAGCCCAAUGAUUCAGAGCAAAUGCAGACGCAGCAGCAGUCCGGCUCUAGGCAUCGAGAACGAGGAAAAGGCACCUCAAUGCCUGCUGAAGAGGUGCUGGAGUCUAGUCAGGAGGCAUUGCACAUCACUGAGCGCAAAUACUUAAAGAGGGAUUGGUGUAAAACUCAACCCCUCAAACAAACUAUCCAUGAAGAAGGCUGCAACAGUCGUACCAUUAUCAACAGGUUCUGCUAUGGCCAGUGCAAUUCUUUCUACAUCCCCAGGCAUGUCCGUAAAGAAGAAGGCUCCUUCCAGUCUUGUUCCUUCUGCAAGCCCAAGAAAUUCACUACCAUGACUGUUACACUCAAUUGCCCUGAGCUUCAGCCCCCGCGAAAG